AUGGCCUUUCUCGGCCCAACGUACUACGGCUCCAGCUUGGCCAACACCGGCUCUGGCAUGCCAACCACCCGCGCCCGUCGCUCUGCAGCCAUGACUGGCGAGUGCACUGGAGUUGAGACCAAGCCUCGGACUGACCCUGCCGCCGACGGCAUCGACGACUCUGACGCUGGCAACGCCGUCGCAGAUGAUGCCGCUGCAGAUGACGUCGCUGCAGCAGCGGCGGCUGCGGCGCUCGGCAAUGACCAGGCUCAAGAUGCCGUGCGGAACGCUGCCAAUGGUGGCAGUGAGGGCGAGGGCGAGGGUGUGAGUGAUGAUGGGGGCUCGUUCAACAGUUUCCAAACCGGUGACGAUGAGGCUGUGAGCGACGUGGCCGAGUUCGGCGAGGCCGAGGCGCGGACGCGGCUCGCGUUUGCGAUUGGGCCCGAGGCGAUGCGGGCCGACUCUGAGGAAGUGGCCAAUCGAUCGAUGGCAGCCAUCAACCUCAACUCGUUCUUGAUGGGCUCUGCUGGGCCGUCUGUGGGUGAUCUCGAUGCGUCGGGUGCGUCGCUCGCGCUCGACGGCGACGAGGGCCCGCGGGUGGUGGGCGGCAAGUUUCUGUCGUGGAAGCGGUCGUCGGCGCUGGGCGCCGGCGGUGAAGCUGAUGAUAUGGUCGGCGUCAUGCCUGCAAUGGCUGGGCUCUCCAAGCAGACCCGGGUCCAACUGAGCCAGAGCCGCACGUGGCCGGUGGCGUACCGCAAGCACUCGCGCGAGGAGCAGAUUGUCAUGGGCUUUGUCGAUAACUUUGACCGCCAGUUUGCGCAGCUCUAUCCGCUGCGGCCGCGGCUCUUGCUCACGCCGCCGAACGAGUGCGAGGUGGAGAAGUUUGUGUGCUCAACAUUGCGGCCGUCGCAGACGCCGUACGAUGAGCUGUACUCGCUCGAGGGCGUUGCCUCCUUUGUCGCCGAUCACUUUAUCUACGAACCGUUGGCCGAGCCAACCAAGCUCCCGCAGCACCUUCCGUCGCCUGCCACGGUGCUCGAGUGGCAAGUUGGUGACUCGUUUGACCUUGCCAUGGUGCUCACUUCGCUCCUUCUUGGCGUCGGCUACGACGCGUACGUUGUCUACGGCACCGCCGCAUACUCGAUCACGGUCAACGACACGUUUUCGGCGACUUGGCCCGGCCUCGGCCCAAAGCCGCCACCGCCUCCGGCGGCUGCUCCACCAACGACGCCCAAGUUUGUGGUCCAGACCCGGCCGCGGCUGGUGUCCAAGUUUGAAGAGCGAAUGGCAGCAAAGCGGGCGGCGGCCGCUGCAGCAGAGGUCGCUCCGCCGACGGUGGGUAUGGCAGCCAGUGAUGCAGAGUCGAGCGCUGGAGGCGAGUCUGAGACGCGCAACGGGCUCACAUUUGAGGUCGGCUACGCGCAGCCACUGCGGCUGACGGCGUCCGACAAGAGCGAUGCGCUGCGCGGGAAGCGGGUCCACGCAUGGGUGCUUGUCAAAGCCGGCGCGCGCGGCGUGGCCCAAGACGUAUUCAUCGAGCCAUCGCGCGGCCUUUUGCUUCCGCUCUCGACCCGGCUGUACCACUCGAUCGAGGCUGUCUUUAACGACACCAACUUUUACGUCAAUGUCCAGCCGGUGCCGCCACUUCACAAGGGUCUUCCCUCUAUUCGUGGGCUCUGUUUUGCGCUCGACUCGAUGGCGGCGUGGGAGCCGGUGUUUGUGAGCGAUGGGCACGAGACCGGUUUUGGGCCUGGCCGGAGCGGGAUGGGUGGCGCAAGCGGCGCGGCGCUAGCGACUCAAGCCACGACAGCAAAGUCGGAGCUGAAGCGGCGAGUGGCGCAAGCUGCUCAGGACCACGUGCUGGCCAAGGCAGCCGGCAUCGAUGCGUUUGGUCCAUCAGCACCGAGCCUCGACGAUGUACACAUCGAAGUAAGCGACGACCUGGCGCCGGAUGGGACGCCGCUGCGUGCGCUGACGGCGCCGCCGACGUGGGUCCUGCCGCUGGCGCCAGAACGCAAGCGGUUUGAGGAGCGGUAUCCAGGUGGCUACAAGGUGGCGCUCUACUCGCGGCUCCGUGUGGAGCAGUACGGGCCGUUCCUGCGGUCGGACGGCAUGGUCGAGCGGCUGACGCACUUUGCUGAUCGCGACUGCGAGAUUGUCUUUCGGAUGAUGGCGCGCGAGAUGCAUGUCCACGUCCCAGCUUCCGAGCAUGUGACGGCGGCGUCGCUGGACUCAGCCGAAUCGUUUGUGGAACACUUUGCACCGGGCCGCGAGCACGGCCUACGGACGCUGACGGUGAGUGGCGAGCCGGGCGUGUGUAGCAUUGCGCGGACGACCGAGCGCAAAGCGCGGCGGAUGCGGAUCAAGGUGGCUAGGUACAAGAUGGAGUUCUACGCCGAAGGCCGCGACUCGCACGAUGACCUGGUCACGCGCGAGGUGGCUGUUGGCUCGGCGAUGACGGAGCGAUUUGCUGCGGUCUCGUCGUCGGCGGUUCUCGGCGGCGAGCACGUGCUGCGGCGAGAGGCAAAGUUUGCCAGUAACCGGGUCGAGCUUCUCGCCACCCGCCCGCUCGAGGUACUCCCAUCGGACGAGGCGCUGCUGGGCGUUGAGGAGACGCUGUCGCGGCGAGCCGAGAUUGUCGACGCCGACGACGACGUGGCGCGACGGACGUUUGCAGUCGUGGCCGGCGAGAUGACCGAGGUCUUUCACCUCAUUAGCGGGCACAUCUACCCGUCACGCAUUGCGUAUCGCAAGCACAAGUUUGCUGACUCGUUGCCGCUCGACAAGGACGAGCUUCCGCCGAAGCCAGCCGAUGGUUACUGUGAGCCGGAGCAGACGUCGGCGCGGCAGGCGGCAGCAGGACUCGGCUCGCACGAGCUGUACAUCCGAUACGUAGCGAUGCUCCGUGCGGAACAAGCGGCGAUCAAGGCCGUGCUCGGCGCUGCCGUCGAGACCAAGGCCAUUCUGGCUGCGCGCGAGAAGGAGCGCGAGCGGACGCUGCUGAUGAUUUCGGUGUACGACACGCUGCGGCGGCGGCGGGUCAACCGCGGGGCAGACUCGCUGGCGGCAGCGGCGGCACUGCGGGCGUCGGACGUACCGCCAGAGCUUGCCGACGACCCGUUCAGUGUCUUCUUCCAUGGCAAGCUGCCGACGUCGGCGGCAGAGGCGCACGCGGUCAAGAACGAGGCCCUCGAGUUCCACCGCGACCGGAUCAUUUCGCAGGUCCUCAUCAUCGAGUCCAAGAUGGCCCGCAUUCGCCAGUUUCUCAAAGAGAAAGAGGCGACCAUCAUCCGCAACCAGGACCACACCACGCCCGAGCAGGUCGCGGCCUUUGCCGACGAAAAGGUUCGCCUCCAGUUCCGCCUCCGGGUCCUCAAGAUGCGCAAGGACGGGAUCCUCAAGACCUACCGUCGCAAGUUCAAGGUUGUCGCUCGCCAGCUCUGGGAACACCCGCUCCUCGCGCCGUGGCUCAAGCGCAAGGACGACAGCGAUGCGCCCGAUGGCGGCGAAGAUGCGCCUAGCGAGAGCGGGGCGUCUGGCACCGGCGGUAGCGGCAACGCCGAGGCAGAGCCUGGCGCUGGCAUCGCCAACAGUGGCGUUUAGUGUGUGGACUUGAGGUGAUAGGCCGGCACAGCAUGCGGCUCACACUUCCUGCUUGCGGCGACGGCCCUUGUGGCGCCUGCGCGAGCGCUUGCGCGAGCUCUUGUGCGAGCUCUUGCGCGAGCUCUUGCGCGAGCCCUUGCGCCGUGAUGCAGAUCGGCGCUGGCGACCCGCUUCGUUGCGGGCCUCGAGGCGGGCGAACGGCUUGUAAAAGUACGAGCGAAAGC